CUGAGCACAAUAGUACAUAACAAAAAAUUCCACCUUGGAGCGCGUCUCUUCUUCCCUCCUCGAUCAUCUUCUCAUCCGCACUCCUUCUACCACGAAAACAGUUUCGCGCUCUUUAUCCUCACUUGCCAGCUCGAGUACAGCCCUCAAUUGCACUUGAGCCGGCUCCAUCAAAUAACCCUUCGAAUUGCCAAUUGGCGACGAAACACCGAGUCCUCUAUCCCUUGUCCCCUGUGGGAUAUCUAUCCAUCCCGUGUCAUCUGCUCGGGGAGAGCGAGACGCGAUCUUGCCGUCUUCUAACCCACCUGGCUGGCGAAACAUCUGAGUCACGCAUACUUCGCUCCUCACCUCAUCAAGCACUCCAUCCGGAACUCUGACACUCUGGUUAGAGGCUGCGGCGCAAAGAGCCGUCGAUAUCAAUCGCCCACCCAUCAUCCAUCCCCCAUUUUUUCCCUCCUUUCCCUCUCACCCCUCGCGCGGGUAUCCCAACCUAUAUUCCACACCAGACACCGAUUCCCGAUGCCGCCGAAAGAUAACAAGGACGCCAAGGCGCCUGCGCCGGCUAAGAAGGCUACGGCCAAAGCAACGGCAGCAAAAGCCGCAGCGCCCAAGGCGCCAAAAAGCAAGAACGUAAAGACGGAAUCUAAGGCAGCGCCCCGAGCGGGUCGCAGAGCAGCCGCGACCACCGUAGCGGAAGCUGAGCCCAAUCCCAAGGCGAAGACUGGUACUACCAAGGCUCCCGCUAGGCGUCAGAAGAGAGAGCCAGAAGUCAAUGACCAAGGCGACGAAUCCAUCGACAACAGUGGCGCGGUCGAGGCGACCGCCGUCGAUGGCGGUCGCGGCAAGGGCCGUUCCAAAGUCUCCAAAACGGGCGCAUCCAAGACUACCAAGUCCAAACCAGCCACCUCCAAGGCCGCGCCCAAGCCAGCCGCAUCCAAACGCAAGAGAGACGAUGAGGAUGAAGAUCUGGGCGAGGCGCCUCAGGCAAAGAAGUCUCGUAGUGAAUCGGAGCAGCCGGCAACCAAAGCGGUGCCAAAGGCGACGGCACGUCACAUACCAGCUUUGCCCCGAGGAGUGGGCAAAAGAGGCACGCCCUUCAACGAGGUGCCAAACAAGGAGUUCGACGUAUUCGUCUUCGGAGAAGGCUCGUCGGGUGAGCUUGGCCUCGGAAGCAAGAAGUAUGAUGGGAAGCGACCUAUCGAUGUGAAGCGACCUCGCCUCAACCACAACCUCAAAGGCGUCGUCAACAUUGCUUGCGGUGGAAUGCAUGUCGUCGUCCUAACCAGCGACCAGCAGAUCCUCACUUGGGGAGUCAAUGACGACAAGGCGCUGGGUCGCGAUACUUUUUGGGAAGGUGGCACUCGUGAUAUAGAUGCCUCGGAAGACGAGGAUGACGACGAUGACACUGGCAUGAACCCGCUCGAGAGUACCCCUGGCCCGGUCAACCUCGACAUCCUGCCCGAGGGUACGAAAAUCGUCCAGGUCGCCGCUACCGACUCUGCGUCUUUCGCCCUGACCGACGACGGUCGGGUUUACGGCUGGGGCACAUUUCGAAGUUCCGACGGCAUCAUCGGUUUCAGCGAGCAGACGCGCAUCCAGGAAACCCCCGUGAUCGUCCCAGAUUUGAAAAAUAUCACCAAGCUCGCCUGCGGUUCGAACCACGUUCUCGCCCUUGACUUGGACGGAAAGGUCUUUACUUGGGGCAACGGAGGCCAGUAUCAGCUGGGCCGAAAGCCGCUGACGCGUCACGGUGGCCCUACCACCGGACUUCGUCCGCAGUCGUGCGGCAAGUUCUCCAAGAAGCACCGAGCCGUUGGCGUGGGCGCCGGCUCGUAUCACAGCUUCUACAUCGAUACCGACGAUCAAGUGUGGGCGUGGGGUCUGAAUAACUAUGCGCAGACCGGAAUCGACGCCGGCACCGGAGAAGACGACGCCAUGAUCCUCCAGCCGCGCGUCGUCGAGUCGUUAGGACAGUACAAGGUGUCGCAGGUGGUCGGCGGCGAGCAUCACUCGGUCGCGUGCACGACGGACGGACGACUCCUUACUUGGGGACGAGUCGACGGCCACCAAGUUGGCCAUAGAGCCGCGAUAUUCAACAAAGAGAACACCGUGUCCGACGACAGCGGCAAACCCCGAAUUCUCCUACACCCUACACCCAUUGAAGGAAUCCAUGCUACCUUUGUAGCCGCCGGUACCGACACCAGUUUCAGCCUCGACGAUGGCGGCAAAGUGUACUCGUGGGGCUUCUCUGCGAACUACCAGACCGGCCAGGGCAUAACCGAGGACGUCGAGGUGCCUACGUUGAUCGACAACAGCGCGAUCCGCGACCGAAAGAUCGUCUGGGCGGGUGCAGGCGGCCAGUACUCUAUCGUGGCGGCGGAGAAGGGCGAGGGCCUCGUCAACGGUCACUAGGCCGCCAACGAGGGCAUUUCACAGCGACAGAAAAGAACGAGAGACAGAGGGGAGGAGAGGGAGGGAGAAACAAAAGUAGGUUGGCAUUCUCGGAAUGGCGGCGUACGUGAACGGAACGAGACCUUGUAUUAUAUAAGAUUUGCAUUUGACGGAGGGCCCACGCUCCAGAAAGGCUGGAGCUGUCUAUACACAUAGGUCUCGCCCAGAGGCGGAGCAACACUCGCUCCCUACGGAUCGGGCGUGACUACGAUAGCGUGAGGGCGAAGAGGGGAGAGGCGUCUAGCCCCUACUAGGGGGUUUAGGGCGGACGCUCGCGAUCGUGUGUUGGCCAUAAUAAUAGACGUUUGCCGGGACGGCAUCAGCAGCAGGGUACCUCGGUUUUGUCACGCACGAUACCCGGAAUCACGUCUUGGGAUGGCCAGUCAGGUAGAGAUAGGCAGCGCAAGGGGGGAUCAGUGAUAAGACACACGACUCAUAUUUCGC